AUGGUGAGAGACUUAGUCUUCUCCUCACUGCUCAUGGACACUGACAAUGAAUCUGAUGACGGCCCUAUUGUCUUGGGAAGUCCACCGCCGUCACCACCAGCUUUGAUACUCUUGAGCUCAUUCCAAUCACCUCCUAGUUGCCAUGUUGCUCAGACCCCAACACGGAAGCGUCGGCGAGUUGAACAAGCACCUCGAAAAUCCCGGGCCUAUCCUCCAGUUUAUGAGCAACCCGAAUCUGAGCUCGAUGUGUCUUGGGAUCAAGCAGCAGACGAGCUUCUGCGGGGCAGUCAGCCAGAGUGGAACACACCAUCACGGGCACGUUUUAACCUCGAGGAUAUCAUGGCCUCCACUCCAAAUGAGGCUACCAAGACGUGCGAGGAAACAAGCCUGGCAGGAUACUCUGAAUUUUGCGAGUUGAUCUUGGAGGACGGAGGCGCCUUCUUUCAGAUCACACGAGAUCUGUUUGUUUCUAACGGAUGGGAUCCAGAGAGGAAGAGCUUGAAGGCGUCAUGGAAUCACCUGCAGCGUUCCGUAAUUGGUGAUGCUGAAGUCAUUGUCUGUCAGUGCCCUCUCGCUCGAAACGACGACAACGGGCUUUGUGUGCACACUCGCUUCCUUCAGGAGGAAGGUCAUGAACACUUUUCAGAGGUGGGUGUCGACGAGGAAGAUUCAUCAGAUGCGAUUCUCUUCUCGCGACAAGAGACAGGAGAGGACACAUGGCUCAAUAUCUUUUCCUGUCGCCCUCAAGCAUCAAGCAUUUUGAAUGGUCGGGUCAUCGUGCAGCAUACGGGUGAGGAUACUGGAGUUGGGUCUUGGUCCUGCUCGAAAGAUAGCGGAAUGAUAUCAUGUGUUCACAUACACAAGUGCAGAGAUUUGUUGCGGAAAUUGAUAAGUACAGAUCCCGGGGCAAGAUAUGAGGUUGAGGACGAGGCUGUCCACAAUCAUGCCAGCCCCGAUUGUCGGGAAUUCGGUAUAUUCAACUACAACAAUCAACGCCUCUUCACACACGAAGUCCUCGACGAAUACACAUCCGCAUAUACGUCCUCGGAGAUGCCGUUUUCAGCCUGGGUAUCUGUCAUAUCGCGGCGCUACAGUCUCAACGAAAGCCCGGAUCCUUUCCCCAGUGCUGACACAUUCCGUUCCGCAUGGUUCCUUUAUGUCUCUCUCCAGCAUCUCGACGACAGUAUGACAUGUCCCCGUUGUGGUCCUAGCCCCGAAACCACGAUCUGGGAUGGUGUCACUCUUGCAUUCAACAAGAAGCAUCUACUUCCUACCCUUGAACCACCAACAGUCAGCCAGUCGACUUCCUACGAGCGGCAUGCAACACGCUAUCUGGCAAAUCAGCAGCUGAUACCCACUGCCAAGCUUCGACGUUCGAUACGGGCAGUGCUUACCGGCCCCCAUCUGACAAAGACAGAACUGGACAAACUCUUGUCAUCUCUCCCAGCGGCGGAAAGUGAGGAGGAGGAGGAGGAGGAGGACAAUGAGGACGAGAUGGAUGCAGAACCAGUCUUGAAUCCUCGUGGGAAGAAGGGACUUGAGAAGGCACGGACUGCAUUUGUGGGAAGGGUGGAUAUGAUACCCAUGGUUGUUGAGGGUCUCGGGCGAGUCGAUGAAGCAUUAGCAAGAUUGUUCGAUUCUGAUACAACAGCAAAGAUUGCGGCCGAAGAGUCUGUGCUACAGUUUGCAACACACUCGGCACUUGAAACCUUGCAAAAAUUCGUGGAUCAUCCAAGUCUUUCGACGGGUUCUGCAUUGGCAGAGAUCCCGGCCAUUUACGAGCUCAUUUCCCAUGAACGUCGCAUUUCCGACGACUUGCACCUAAUCUGCCAUUGGAUGUUACGGAGAGGUCGCGCCAUAUUCAAUGGCUUGCUGAAAGAGCCCUUCCACUUACCCACAACACGAGCCGGGGACGAAAAACCAUGGACCGAGACCGGCUGUCACUAUGGCUUACCGAAGAUCCGUGAACGUCCUCGAUAUCCCAAGCUCAAAUAUGACGCAAGCAAUGAAGUCGGCGGAAAGCGAGGUGCGAAAUGCUCCAAGUUCUACUCACAAUACGGAGAACGGCGUCUGACGGGAGGCAUCAUGUGUGUCUGGUGUACCCAUAGCGUCUGCUAUGGCUUCCACUGCAUUCCGAAGGGAGAAGGGCGAAACGAUGUUUUUUCAGCACUAAUCACUCGCUGGGAAACGGCCCCGAAGCAGGUCAUCUAUGACUUUGCCUGUGCACUUGGGCCAUAUUGCAUGACUCGCGAACCGACAUUCUUUGCAAACACUCAAUUCCUCAUUGACGACUUUCAUUCUGUUGGCCACACCAAGUGCUCCGAAGCGGCGUUUCUCAAGACCUAUUGUCGGGUGGAUCCAAGACUUUCGCGAAUCAACUCGAGUGCCGGGGAAUGCGGGAACAGCGGUCUUGGCCGAAUACGAAAGUCGGUCAGUUACAUGUCUCAAAGCCGCGCCAUCUUGUAUACACGAGUUUUCUUGUGCAUCUGGAAUCGGUUACGCAUUAGAAAGUUGACCGGAUACAAGUAGUAAAUGAUAGUAGAACAAGUGGACUUUAAUUGGAAUAGCAAGUCAGUUACUUUGCUACGAUGAGAAUCCGCCCGAGAAUUCGCUGAGUCUGGCAACGGCUGGACUUGGACAGCAGUCAUCUGCUGGUAGCCCCAGAACCCAGCAAAAUCCUG